ACUUAAAAUGACAAAUAGGAAAGUGAUGGUCAGGGACCAUCAAUGCAAAUCUUAAACCUCCCUCUCUCAAUGCAAAGCUCCUUCGAAUCCGUUUCUAGGUGUUCAAUCAAGUCUUGUUGAGAUUUCGGAUCCUCUUAUUCGUCUACAAAGCUGGUUAAAACACAACCCAUAUACUAAAGCAUAUCCAACAGUUGAAGAUAAGUAAACCGGCAACCACCUUCUAAACAAGACCACCGAAAAACCGAAGAAAGGAGAAAUGUAAGGCUUUGAAGAAGGAGAAGCGGAAGCAAAUCAGAAAAGAAUUAGCAGAGAAAGCAAGUGCAGAUGAGGAAGCUCUAUCCAAUCAUCCGGAAGAGCUACGCAGCUAUGCAGGAUUCAAUUGGAGGAAAAAAAAAGAAAGAGGAUCUAGAGGCUGAUAGGCUACUGUUUGAGUACAAAGAAAUGACCAUCUUCUACAACACCAGCUUCUUAAUAAUAAUAACAAUGCUGCUGUUACAGAUUUCAAGGGUUGUAAUGGGUGGACCCAGAUGGAAGGGGAAAGGGGCAGAAAUGGAAGCACUUAGAAAUCCUAUUUCGAAGUCGAUUUUAGAUCUUAAAUCUUCUCUAAUUAAAUCCGAUUCCAAAGGAAUACUUUCGGGCUGUAGUGUUCGUCUUGCUUGUAAUCCGGAACAAACCAACCUUCUGAACCAAACCUGUUUUGGUCGACCAGAAACGACAGUCGAUGAAGAUCAGUGGUUUCAGUUUACUUUAGAGGAAGCCUUUUAUCUUUACUUUUGUUUAAAAUGUAUAAAGAUAGAAGAGGGCGAUGGUAGUGUAAAAAACGAUAAUGAACUAUGGGAGUACAUGACUUCCAAAAAAAUAGCUUUCCCGGAUCUUUUUAAGGCUUAUUCUCAUCUACGGGACAAGAAUUGGGUGGUGAGGUCUGGGUGUCAAUUUGGUGUUGAUUUUGUUGCAUACCGUCACCAUCCUUCAUGCGUUCAUUCUGAAUUCGCCGUACUGGUUUUUUCUGAUGGGAAGGGGGGUGGUAAUGAUCGGUUGAGAGUUUGGACUGAUUUUCAAAGCAUGCUUCGGCUUUGUGGUGGUGUUGCAAAGACGUUGCUGAUUCUUCAUGUGAACCGAAAUGGUGAAAAGAUGACUGCUUCUUCACCUUCUUGUUUGGAUGGAUAUAGUGUAGAAGAGCGAACGAUCACAAGAUGGAGUGCAGAACUCUGUAGGGAGGAUCAAGGAUUUGGUUUGAAGUAAGCUGCAUUCAAUCUUCCUUCUUGUAAUAGGUUGUAAUUUGUUGACUACAUGUUCAUUAUAGAAGCUGGUUUUUUUAAUCGAAGGAAUUUCUUUUUUAUUUAUUUA